AUGUCCUCGACGGACGCUCCAUCAGCUGCUUGUCGUUUAUCCAUCGCUGCUUUUACCGCUCCACUGUCCACCAUCCCCUCUCCAUCUCUCCUCAUCUACGAAAAACAGGAGGCGGACGACGUCCCCCACAUCGACAGCCGCGGCACCGACGAUCCUCCCACCGUUGAUCAGGAUCGUUACGAGGAUCGACAACAAGAUAGCGUUCAGCACAAACGACCAGAAUCCAGCCAAAGGAGUCCGGAAAACAAACUCCAGCCGCGAAGCCACGCUGCGGUGAGUCACCCUGAUCCGGCCGGCCUUGGCGCCGUGGCGUACUGCAUGGGAGGCGAGCAUGUCUCCGACGGUGGUCUGCGAUCUGGCCGUGCUGAGCUGCUCCACAAGCUCAGUCCGGGGCCAGACCCUUCGCCUGCUAACGACCACCCGACAAGCCUUCGCCGCAACUCCGAGUCCUUUGUUGAUAGCAGAUGUCCUCGACUUCGACGGCGGGCGACGAGCAUGCCCCGCUCGUGA